AUGGAUUCCCUCGUCGCCCAAUACACUCAAUCUCCCUUCCCGAACGAAGGCCUCGAUGCCGAAGAGCAACUCGACUACUCCGACUCAACUCCCUCACUCUCGCUGAAGUUUGCUUUACCUCCUGUUCCUCGACCUUCGGCGUUCCUGCGUGCCACCACGGAUGACUACUCCAACCCAAACUGCCCGAUUAAGAUUGCACAUGGUACAACUACAUUAGCUUUCCGAUUCAAGGGCGGCAUCAUUGUCGCGACCGAUUCACGAGCUACCGCUGGAAACUGGAUUGCCUCUCAAACAGUAAAGAAGGUCAUCGAGAUCAACCCAAUGUUGCUGGGAACCAUGGCUGGAGGAGCUGCUGACUGUCAAUACUGGCUCGCCUACUUGGGAAUCCAGUGCCGUUUGCACGAGCUUCGACACAAGCGACGAAUCUCCGUGGCGGCUGCUUCCAAAAUUCUGGCAAACCUGGUCUACUCGUACAAAGGCAUGGGCUUAUCGAUGGGUACGAUGAUCACCGGAGUCACCCCUGAAGAAGGUCCGGCGCUUUAUUACAUUGAUUCAGAUGGAACCCGGUUAUCAGGCAACCUCUUCUGCGUUGGUUCCGGUCAAACAUUCGCCUAUGGUGUUUUGGAUGCUCUCUACAAGUAUGACCUGGAAGAUGACGAGGCAUUGGAGCUGGGCAGAAGAAGUAUUCUGGCAGCAACACAUCGAGACGCAUACUCUGGCGGUUACAUCAACUUGUAUCACGUCAAGGAAGAUGGUUGGGUCAAGCAUGGCUUCUCAGACACCAACCCUAUUUUCUGGCAGACCAAGUUGGAGAAGGGAGAGUUCUCGAACGUUACUAGCGAGCUAUCGUGA